AAUUCAUGCUUAGGAGCAGAUUGCAACACAGCAUUAAAAUGCACCAUUUGACCCAGCUUUAUAUAACCUCCUGAAUGGUGUGUAUCCAGCUUUUCAAUCUGAACAAACUGGGUGAAGCAGAGUUGUUUGUAUGCCUUCCAUCCAACUUGCCCUUUGUCCACAUCAGCGGGUUUCUCUUUAAAAACAGACACAUAGACAAACAUAUUGCAUCUGUUUGCAGGAUGGUUAGUUAGUUGUUCCAAUGGUUCUGUUGACUGCAUAAACACAGCCACACCCUCCAGAAACAAACAUGCUCUGUCACCUCCACAGGCCAGGUGCAGGAAGGGCUGGGAGGCGUUGGGGGGGGAGGAGGGAAGGCUUGUUAUCCCUGUGAGGGUGGAGCAAAAGGGGGAGGUAAGGAAAGCGGAUGAAGCAUUUGAAGCUCAUAUUGACAUGCUGCUCUGCAGGCUCGUGUGAGAACAGGUACGAACUAAUAAACUCCAUGGCGGCCGUUUUCUUCUGUAGAGAUUUAUUUGUUUUAGUAAAAUAAUUUUCAAUCGCAGAGAUACUUUCCCUCCAGUUUGAACCAGUCUGACUAUACAGGUUUGUGGUUUGUUGGUGUAUUUAUCUUCAGAUACCCUUCAGUCUCUGCAUGGUCUAUCUGAAUUAUUUUAUAUUAUUCUUGCUGACUCAGGGACACAGCUGAUCUUGUCCCUGAGCGUCUCUGUCUGAUCCAGGGUUCAUUACCGGUCUACGCAAUCCAAAAAGGAUCCAAAACUCUUGAACAUUCACUAAUAGUAUAUUUGUCUUCUGUAGAUGGUUUAUUUCUAGCAGAACUGACAUUCCUGAACUCCUCUUCCCUGAGGCAAAACGAAAAACCUGUUAGUCCAUGUUUGUUGUGUCCUUGCAGCCAUGGAUGGUGUGUUGGAAGGAGCAUUGGUGUUGUCUGCGUGCAAGCUGGUCUGCAGUCUCUUCUUCCUGCCAUCUCUGGAUGCGUCCCACAGUCCUGUCAGCUUCUGCUGCUGCUGCCUCUUGAUCUUUACAGACUUCCUGGUCUCAGCUUUCCUGAGUUUCCUCUACACCUUGAAGUUCUGGUUGACUGAGCUGAACCCACCAGGUGACAUCAUUGCCCUGCGUUUGCUGCUCUUCCUCAGCCACACCUAUGGAGCCGUGCUGGUGCUAACUACGUUUCUGAUCGCCAUGGAGACCCUGAUCAGAGUGCUUUGGCCUCAUGUUGCUGGUGUUCCCAGGACGGUGGACUAUGAUGGGGAGGAGGAAGAGGACGGUGGCGUCUUGGAUAAAGGCGAAAGUUUGCCACAGGUGGUCAGUUUCUUCUGUUGCCUGUCGGUGUGGAUUGCCGUGGCCUUCAGUGUCAGGUGGCAUUGGAAGUUGGAGGAAGGGUGGGCUGCCGCUUGUUUGGACAUAACCAACUCUCUUGUCAGAUGUCUACCUAACUUCUUCAGUCCCAUGCACAGUCUCACCAAUCCCUACUGGAGCGUGGCCUUCCUCAUCCUGCUCGGGUUCCUGCUGACAGCCAACAAAGGCCUGCAGAGAAGAAACCAGACCUCUGCAGAGCCAAAUAGAACACCGAAGUAUAGGGAAGGAUUGUUGCAGGCCUUGGAUGGAGCUGCACCUGCAGCCUUCAAGCCUGUGAAUCCAGAGAUGAUUAUGUCACAGUGUGUUUACAGAGACUUUGUCCUCAUCUCCCAUGACUGUUUGCCUGAAAAGACGGGAAGACAGGAACUCAGGAAACAUGUUUCCCCGCUUUUUAGGAUUGAGCAACGCUCAGAUUCAAAUCGAACAAGCCUGAGCGGGUGUCGACUGUGGGGUUUUCCAAGCCUGGAGGAGAAUGCAGUAAUAGGGUUUGUAAGCGUGCUUUCCAUUUUCACGCUGCCCUUCUACGUCAGCGUGAAUAUUCUUCUGAUCAGGACCAUAGAUGUUCUGCUGCAGUGGUGCAUCAAGUCUUUACUUUCAUCUGCAGCCAACAGCAGAGACACUCCAGCCUCUCACAGAGAUACACAGGUUUAAAAAACAAAGCGAGACAGAUGAGUGUUUGCAACAGAACCAUGAAGAAUGGUACCAGUGUGCAAAUGGCUGUUUUACCUGUUAACAAUGCUUUGACAGGAGAGUAAACACACCCUCCCAGGCAGCUAUUCACGUGUUGGAAAUAAUAUUUGGAAAGUGCUGGAAAGUGCUGAGCUGGCAGGUCAGGGCGUGCUUGCAGAGAGAAUACACCCACACCUGGCACUUCUUUAACUGCUCAGAGCAUCAGUUUCCUCAGACUUUACACAAAACUGCAUCUAAUGUGAGAUUGAUCCAGGGGCAAACAGUGUCUUGAAAAGGUGUAACAUUAUGUCCGUUGAUGCCGCCUGACGUAAAGAUGCAUGUAAUAAACACCAAGUGAUUUAAGGGAAAACGGAUAGUUUUUCUUGCUACUGCGGAGUUAUGCAGAUUCAAAUUAUUUACAUUUCUACAUACAAUUCCUCACAAGAGUAUUCAUACUUCUGACUUGAUACUUCGUGCACAUUCUGUUUUUUGCACAAGCACAAAUGCAUUUUUCACUCGACCAUCAUUCCCUACAGACAUGACCCCUAUACAACAAGAGCAAUAAGCAGACGCCGCACCCUCAGUCAAAUAUUUUGUGCAACUUUCGAUAAAGUUAGAAAAAUAUCAUGUGGUGAGCUACAGGGCAGAUUAAAAGUAUGAUAGCUAAGCAUUUAUUAAAUCUAAGCAAUCGCAGAUGCUGCUAUUUAUUUCCAUCAUACAGGGCAUACAGUUAAAAACCAAAUAUCAACAGACACUGUUAAAAAAGACUCAUAAUCCUUUCUUCUUACUAUCUGACAUAAAAUCAGACUAAACUUUUCCCUUUUUUAAAUUAAUUAGUAUAGCUAAAAUUGUUUCUACCUGGAUGACAGAUUGGGUUAAUGCGAGGUUGGAAGUAAGGAUCUGCUGUCAUUACUACGGCUUAGGGUUUGAAAAUGGAAAAAGUGGUUUUUAAGGUUGCUCUUAAUGAUCUAGAGAGGGGAUCAUUUGUCUGUUAAUGUUGUAAUUGAGAGAUGUUUUGUUCUGCUAUUUAUGAUGGUGUAUAAUUGUUCUUUUCUUUUGUUACAUGUUUUGUUCUGAAUGACAUGUAACUGUGGUGCUGCCAGUCUUGGCCAGGCCUCUCUUUUACAACAGAUCCUUAAUCUCAGUGGGAUUUUCCUGGUGAAAAUAAGGGUAAUAAUAAAGUUACCAGAAUACUG